UUUCAAUCUAAACCCUAAAUCUUGAUCUUUACAAAUUUUAAACCAAACCCUAACCUUUCCAAUUCUCGAUUUUUUUGACGAUCCUUUCUCGAACCCAAUCGUCUAAUCGGCGGUCACCUUAUUUCUUUCAGGUCCAAAAAACGUUAUUGUUAUCCCCCAUAAGAUUAGUUCGUAAUCAUCGUUAUGGAAGAUAAUGGCGCAACUUCUCUCGUUCUUAAAAAUGUCAACGCCAAGCAAAAGCAGGAUCAAGAUAUACUUUCUGCUGAAGAUUUAGCCUGGGCAGACUCCUGCCUGAUUGAAGAUCCCGAAAUAUCAGAAACUAAUAUGGAUUCUUUAAAAGAAGCUUUACUCGAUAUUCUUGGGAUCCUUGGCCCUUCUGCAAACGAACGCCAUGACUCAAAUGACGCAACUGACCCUGAGAAUUUCCCAGUAGUCAUAGAGGAAGGAACCUCAGAUACCACAGACACAAAUAUGGAUGAGCAUCCAGAAGAUGAAAUCCCUGAUAUGUUAUCUUCAUUAAAGCAACCUUUUCUUCCGAAUUAUAAUGAUGAGAUGAUGAACGUUCAGUAUUCUGAUUCCGAUCAUGAUGAUGAUGAUGAUGAUGAUGCGGGUUUUGUGAUGGAACCGCCAUCCGGGGAUAUUUUUAAGGUCUGGGAUUUAGACAUCCCAGUUGAAGAAGAUGGACUUGUGAAACAAUUGAAGGAUGCACUUUCUUCAAAUGCAGCCACUGGAAUCAAGGGUUUGAAAGUGGAAUCACUUGAUAGUCUUGUCGAGAGCAUUGCAGAUCUUUCUUUGAAGUAAUUAGAGUGUUGGUUGUCAGUUAAAAUUAGCAGGAAAGAUGGUCAUCUAUGAGGCACUUGGAUAUAAAUAAUAAAUGUCACAUGGGUAAAUUGCAUGAAAAUGCAAAUAUGUACAAUGAUCUUAUUCUUAUUUUGGAUAACGUACUUUUAAAAUUUUCAUUUUUGGUACUUCAAAUUUGACAUCUUAAAUGUUAAGGUACCUAAUUUACAUUUGAUAAUGCAUGAAAAUACAAUGUACUUUGAUUUGAUUCUUAUUUUGUGUAACGUUGUUGGUCUAAAUGUUUGAAA